AUGAGUAAGCACUCCUCCGACGGGGAGGAUGCCAUCCACGACCAACCGUCCAAUGUCGCCACGACCGACCUCUCGGAGACACUCGCCGUGAAGCCUUUAGCAUUACCAGAAUGGACCGAGGACGACAAGGGACAUCCUCGGAAUUGGGCCGUCCGCCAGAAAUGGACUCUCACGCUCAUCACCGGAUCCAUAACUUUCAUGUCGCCGCUAUCGUCCUCCAUGGUCGCGCCCGCCUUGGAGACCAUCUCCGCCGAAUUCGGCAUCGUGAAUGACUCGGUGAAGACGCUGACGCUGUCGAUUUUCGUGCUGGGAUAUGCCAUCGGGCCGCUCGUUCUGGGGCCCAUCGCGGAAUUAUACGGACGUGCCCGAGUGCUACAGAUGUCGAAUCUGUUCUAUCUCGCGUUCAACCUCGCGUGUGGGUUCAGUCAGAACACCACGCAGUUGAUCGUCUUGAGGUUCUUUGCUGGACUGGGAGGAUCUGCGCCGCUGGCGGUGGGAGGGGCGAUUCUGAGUGACCUGUGGGCGCCGGAGGUUCGUGGAAAGGCUCUGGCGGGCUAUUCCUGCGCGAUUCUGCUCGGACCGGUGUUGGGUCCUUUGAUCAGUGGAUUUGUGGUCCAGCAUACCACUUGGCGUUGGAUUUUUCGGGCUACGAGUAUUGCUGAUGGAGUGGUCCAGCUCCUGGCCUUUAUUUUCUUGCGGGAGACGUGUCCUUCGGUCCUGCUUGCGCGACGGAGGAGACGCUUCCGCAAGGAGUGCAUCGCAGAAGGAACUCAAUGCGAAGAAGAGCCGCGAGGACUGACCCUCUCUCAGCGACUUGCAAGAACAUUAACUCGCGCCGUGCGCAUGAUCCUGUUCCAGCCCAUCGUCCAGGUUCUAGCCCUGUACAUGGCGUUUCAGUAUGGGGUGUAUUACUUAAUGCUGUCAACCUUUGCGGAGCUCUGGACAUCCCCUCAGCACUACAAUUACCCCGUGGACAUUUCCGGUCUGCACUACAUCUCCAUCGGAGUCGGCUACCUGGUCGGCAUCCUCAUAUUCGCCCAGACCAGCGAUCGGAUCUACCAACAUCUCAAGGAGACGAGAGGAGGCGGCAAGGGCUGUCCCGAGUAUCGUCUACCCCUCCUCUUGCCGGCCUCGAUAUUGCUUCCCAUCGGCCUGUUCAUCUACGGCUGGGCGGGGGAACAUACCGUGUUCUGGUUCGUCACGGAUCUCGGCGCAGCAAUUUUCGGUCUCGGCGGGAUCGUCCUGUAUCAGGGCAUUCAAGCGUACAUCAUCGAAUGUUACGACGAAUAUGCGGCGAGUAGUCUCGCGGCCACGGCGUUCGUCCGAUCUAUCGCGGCGUGCACGUUCCCGCUGUUCGCGAAUCAAAUGUACGAUGCUUUGGGAUGGGGAUGGGGAAACUCCCUGCUCGCUUUCCUGUUCUUGUUCAUUGGUGUACCGGCGAUGGUGGGAUUAUGGCAGUACGGACCUGGUCUUCGUGCGAAAAGACCGUUUUCUGGGUAG